UAUUGUGCGUUGUGCAGCAACUAUCCGAAAAUUUUGUGUGUGUGCGGUCGUACAAGUUGGAAAAGUUCAUCAGUUUUAAUCACCACACCUUCGCUGUUUGCCGGAGGAAACACCUCAUGGGUAUAAAAUCCAACCAUUGAAAGUGAAGCUGUCUAAAGCUGAACCACCACGACCGAAACUGCAGGGUGCAGCUUUCACUCAAACACACACACACAAACUACACGUAUGGUAAACGGUAUGGCGUGUGAUUAAAUUUAUUCAAAAUCUCUGCUCGCUUCGCUCGGUUCACAGCACCGUUUCAACCCACACCGGAUAAAAAUCAAACCCAUUCAAACAAGGGAAAGGUGAUAGUUGAUUCCGGCAUUUGCAUAAAUCAUUCGCAAGGUACGUGACUUACAUCGCCGCUAGUGCCAAAUGGUGAACCAACAGCGGCAGCCAAUCUGCGGUGCAUCAUGGUGGUGGCAGUGGCUUCCCAUUAUGCUACUGCUAGCAAUAAGUCAAACCACCAACGCGACACCGCCCUCCAACGACGACUGGUGGCAAAGGACGGUGUUCUAUCAGAUCUACCCGCGCUCGUUCAUGGACUCGAACGGGGACGGGGUGGGCGAUCUGCGCGGCAUAACGAGCCGGUUGGAGCAUCUGAAGGAUGCCGGCAUUGGUGCGACCUGGCUAUCGCCCAUCUUCCGAUCGCCGAUGGUUGACUUCGGGUACGACAUUGCGGACUAUACCGCCAUCCAGCCGGAGUACGGGACGAUGGAGGACUUUGAGGCGCUGCUGGCGGAAGCGGAGCGGCUCGGCAUCAAGAUCAUCCUGGACUUUGUGCCCAAUCACACGAGCGACCAGUGCGAAUGGUUCCGGCGGUCGGUGGCGCGCGAACACCCGUACACCGAUUACUACGUGUGGCAGGAUGGGCGCGUCGACCCGAACGGUAAUGGGACGGCCCGUUUACCACCGAACAAUUGGCAAUCGGUAUUCUACGGUUCCGCCUGGACGCUGCAUCCGGACCGCGGUCAGUACUAUUUGCAUCAGUUUACCGCCCAGCAGCCGGAUCUGAACUUUCGCAACCCGGCCGUGGUGGAGGAGAUGCGCGAGGUGCUGCGGUUCUGGCUGCGCAAGGGUGUGGCCGGCUUUCGCAUCGAUGCCGUUAAUCAUCUGUUCGAGGCGGACGGCUUUCCGGACGAGCCGGAAACGGGCACGGACCGGGAUCCACUGUCCUACGGCUUUACGCACCACAUCUACACGAAGGAUUUGCUCGAAGACUACGAUAUGGUGUACCAGUGGCGAGCGCUGCUGGACGACUGGAGCCGCGAGCAUGGAGGCGACGCUCGCAUCAUAAUGACCGAAGCGUACGCCAACAUUACCUUCACCAUGAAGUACUACCACGCGGAGGAGGACGACGGCGACCAGCCGGACGGUCAACCGCGAGCCGCUGCGGGUUCACACAUGCCCUUCAACUUUCUGCUCAUCACCGACCUGAACCGUGACUCGAGUGCGCAGGACUUUGUGUACACGAUACAGAAGUGGCUCACGUACAUGCCGCGGGUGGGGGCCACCGCCAACUGGGUGCUGGGCAAUCACGAUCAGCCGCGCGUCGGCACUCGGUACGGGGCGGAGCGGAUCGAUGCGAUCCAUACGCUGCUCCUGACGCUGCCGGGCAUCGCCGUCACGUACUAUGGGGAGGAAAUUGGCAUGGUGGACAAUCCGGAUGCGAUCAGCAGUGGUGGUGGCGAUUCCGUCACCGGUGCCAGUGAUGCAUUCAUCGUGUUUUCACGCGAUCCGGAAAGAACGCCGUUCCAGUGGGACGGUACGGCGAAUGCGGGCUUCUCGAGCGGCCCAACGACUUGGUUGCCGGUGCAUCCGAACUAUCGCGAGUUGAAUUUGGCUGCACAGCGGCUUGCUGAGCGGAGCCAUUACAAAACAUACCAGGCGCUGGUGGCGCUGCGUGCUCACGAAACGUUCCGGAAGGGUUCGAUUCAGCUCGUGCCGUACUCGAGCAGUGUUGUGGUGUACGUGCGUGAGCUGGCGGAGGCUGACACGUUCGUGGUGGUGAUCAAUUUGGUUGCGGGUGAGCGUACGGUGGAUUUGGUGGCGGUGUUUCCGAAGCUUUCGGCCGAGCUUACGGUCGCUUCGAGUGGUUCUGCGUCAUGCUAUCGGGUGGGAGAUAUCGUGCAAGCGGAUAAGCUGAUCGUGGGAGGAUACGAUGGACUGGUCUUACGAAGCGUGCCACUGAUGUCCAGAGCACAGCGAAACCUCGAUGGGGAGCGGCACCCAACGGCAGCCAGCGUCUGGAGUGCGGUAAAGGACGCUGCAGUAAUUGCGUCUAUCAUAAUUGCGCUCGGUUCCAGCUACUACGGGCUGCGGGCACCAUGGCAAAGCGUGGCAAGUGGACUGGCCGAGGGUAGUUUAAAAAAAUAAUGACAUCCACAAGCGGCCGCCAGGGACAGCGGCGCAUUAACGAUGGUUCGGGAAGGACGGACUGCUUUCGUGCGCCGGGCGCAGGCAGGACUAGGGAGAGGGAGAUUCAAACACGGAAAAGGACGACGUCAUGGCACACUUUCAUGCGAAGAAGUCUUACAAUUCAAAUUACGGUUAAUUUCUUUCCUUCACAGCGCAGCGCAGUAGGCCCCGAGGAGUAGUGUUUGCGUAUUUGUUAGUGUUUUGCGUGUGAUGUUGAGUGUGUUUGGUUAAUUGCACAAUAAUUUAGUUGAAUUUAUACCUUUCUGCAGUGUGAUUAGUGUGAAUAAAUGAAUUUCUUUGAAGGCAAAA